UUGACAGUUUGAAUUAUUUCGAAAAAAUAAUCUGGCGAAAUAAACUGUUGUCGAGGGGUGGUAUUAUAUCAAUAUAUGUCACGGUCUACCGUUGAACCAGCUCAUCCGGGCUGUACAUUCUUGGGUGAUUUCCAAUAUGCUUGCUGUGUCACGACUUGCACCCACAGGUUCGGAUGCGCCACUUAUUGCUGUGAAUCGUAAAGCUUGGAAUUCGCGCCCGAUGCCAGACGGACAACCAAGUGGGGUCGAAUCAGUAACUAUAGUGCCACAUUUUAGCCAGUGCAUCUUACUUGGUGUUUUGCACUCAGGGUAACCUACUCGCGAUGAGGAUAGCUCCAUUAUUUCAGUAGAUUUCAGUGGUUCCGUGUGUCGCCACUAAUUUCGUAUUACGAACAUCACCAUCACUUGAUCAGUGCUCACCACUUGCAAUUAUGAAGGAUCGAAUACAGAAUGCAAAUUUUCCCAAGACAGUAGACGGUCGAGUGUACCACUUGGGUAUACGAGCAGGAGAGGUAGCUAACAGAAUUAUUACUGUUGGGUCCACUUCGCGAGCAGAGAGUAUCGCGAAGAUGCUAGACGCCUCCCCAAAAAUAUUUUCCCUGUACUCCGAACGCGGUUUCCUUACCAUCACAGGUUGCUACAAGAGUGUACCAAUUUCCAUAGUAUGCAUAGGUAUGGGCGCACCUAAUGCAGAUUUUUUUAUCCGCGAAGUCAGAGAAUGCCUGUGUGGGGACAUGCUCAUAAUAAGGCUGGGGUCAUGCGGUUGCUUGACUGACCUUCCCGUAGGAUCGCUUGUCCUGCCAGCAUCGAGCGUCGCUUGUACCCGAAAUGUGGACUUCGAUUUUACUUCCGGCGAUCCUUGGGAGGUUCCAUACAGGUUGAGCAAACCCGUUUCAGCAGACCCAGACCUUCAUAGAGCCUUGCGUGAUGCCCUCGAAGUAACCCGGCCGCUUUCACUCAAAAAUCUUGUAGUUUCGAAUGCUGUAAAUGCAUCGACCGACAGUUUCUACUCAUCUCAGGGGAGACAGACGUCCUUUCAAGAUCACAAUGCUUCUCUGAUCGAUCACCUCAAAGCCGCUGUAUCUGGUCUAACAACGCUAGAGAUGGAAACGUUUUGGAUAUUCCAUCUUGCGGUCAGCUGGCGUGGAGUUAAACAGUCUAGUUCGGCUGUUGUUCUGCCACUAGAUACGGUUCCAGCCGUACCAGUAUUCCCGGGAAUACCCAGUAUGAGAUCAGAGAAAGUGGAAGUGCACCUUCCCAGUCUCGAUGGAAAUACUUCUUCCAGACCGGUGAUUAGGGCUGCGGCCGCCCAAAUGGUAUUUGCUUCACGAAGCUCUCAAGCCUUUAUCGGUCCAGACGAGGUGAACGAACUCGAAAAAUGGAGUGGCAGAGGCGUGCUCGAAGCCCUCACCAAAUUCGAUAUAGCCCCUGAAAGACUGCACCCUGUUACUGGAAGUGUAUGGGAACCAAUAGAACCUUCCCGCCCGUUGAAGGCAUUGUUGUAACAAUCCAGCUCCGAAUAGUCUUUGAUGCCACAGGGAUGUGCACCGCUUGCACACUGCCAGAUCAUACCAAACAAGGAGACCCAUUUGCUGGCUAAACCCCACAGCCUGCGCUAUUGCGGGGUUUGUUGAGGAUGUCAUACCCGUUUUCAGUACCUACUCCACGAUGAGCCCACAGGGCAUGUUGCACUAUCGUCACUUGGCAAAAAAAACAGGCUUGCAUAUGUCCU